AUACGAACAUGUGCCUCAAAAGCCGCUCCACCUGUCUCGCUCCGCCCGCUCCGCCGUAGAAUCCACCACCCCCCAAACCCACCCAAAUUCCCAAAUCAAAAAAACUCAAACCAAAAAAGGAAAGAAGCCGAGUGAGUGAGAUACUCGCCCACGCCUCUCCUCACUCUCGAAGAGGGAAAAAAAAAUGGCCGCUUACAGAGCAGAGGACGACUAUGACUACCUCUUCAAGGUCGUCCUCAUCGGCGACUCUGGCGUCGGCAAGUCGAACCUCCUCUCGAGGUUCACCAGGAACGAGUUCAGCCUCGAGUCCAAGUCCACUAUUGGGGUCGAGUUCGCUACGAGGAGCUUGAAUGUUGAUGGGAAAGUGAUCAAGGCUCAGAUUUGGGACACUGCAGGACAAGAAAGGUACCGAGCCAUAACCAGUGCCUACUAUCGAGGCGCUGUAGGAGCAUUACUUGUCUACGACGUCACUCGCCACUCCACAUUCGAGAACGCUGAGAGAUGGCUAAAAGAACUAAGGGACCACACAGACCCGAACAUAGUCGUCAUGCUCAUCGGUAACAAAUCGGACCUCCGCCACCUUGUCGCAGUAUCAACCGAAGAUGGCAAAUCUUUGGCUGAGAAAGAAUCACUCUAUUUUAUGGAGACAUCGGCUCUUGAAGCUACAAAUGUCGAGAAUGCCUUUUCGGAGGUUUUGACUCAGAUUUAUAGGAUUGUAAGCAAGAAGGCGGUGGAAGCUGGUGAUGAUGCGGCUUCUGCUGUUCCUGCUAAGGGGGAGAAGAUCAAUGUUAAAGAUGAUGUUUCUGCUCUCAAGAGAGUUGGAUGUUGCUCUAGUUAGUGCGUGCUUGUUUGCUUGGUGAUUUUGUGUCAUGUAGUCGUCACUCUUUUCUCUUAUGCUCUUAAAUCUUUUGUUUUGGAUUUGCUAAAACUAAGUAUUUGUAGUUUGUUGCAUAUAUACCUUAGGAUGGUUUGAUUGGGUUUGGUUGCGUUCUGUGUGCGUUUGAUUAUGGGUUAAUGUAUCAACUUUAUUCCUUAAUAGAAGAAAUUGCAGCUAAGGAUAUAAAACA